AUAUCGUCAGAUUAUCCUUUUCAUUCUCCUUCAUUCUACCAUUUCUACCAUUUCUACCAUUUCUGUUUAACCGGACAAUGUGCCGAUUUCUCGUCGCCCUCCUUUUUACGGCAAUUUCUGUCUAUGCAGGAGCUCCAACAGCCGAGGAAGCAAAAGCUGAAGUAGUUGCCGCCGGUGUCUCUGAGGCCGCCGCUGAUGGAAUUUUAAAGAUUGCGGAGACCUACAAGGGCCAAUUCGAGGCAGCAAAAGGUGAUCGGGAAGCUGGAAAGAAUGUUUUUCACACAUUCCACGCAGAGGUUGAUAAGUACAUGGAAACACAAUCGGAAGACGACCAGAUUGCUUACAAGGCAUUUGUUGAUAAGAAGAAGGCCGAGCUUCAAAAACGUAACAGUACACCAAAGGCUUAGAUAAUCAUGGAAGAUCUAUAUUUGGUUAAUAAUCUGCUGAGAAAGUAUUUGUCAUUUAUAUGUCUUCUAAAAUUAAUUAUUUGGAUAAAGUACUACAUAUUCAGA